UAUUUGUAUAUCACACGAAGUUACAGCAUGAUUCACUGUUCGCUCACUACCAGUAUGUUUACAAACAGUAGGUGAUUGGCAGACCGAGCGGCAUUACACGCAGUUUUCAUAUCGCUCAAUAAGUUUCGAAGCACACUGAAUCAUACUAGCUUAAGCCACGUUAACAGUAUCAUUAUUGAGAUUGAACGACAGUUCCGAAAUCAUCAAACCAUAGCAGCACAACUCAUGCAGUUCUAGCCUCGCCACGCGUCGCAAUGGAUCUCUUUCUGCUGUUCGCCACCGUUGCCUUACUGGUGGCUUACGGAUACUAUCGCCUGCGAAAACAACUCACAUUUUGGGCGGACCGAAAUGUGCCCCACAAUCCGCCCAAUUUUGAACGGAAUCUGGAUCCGUCCAUUCAUAUGGGACGAAAACUGCAGAAGUACUAUCACCAAUUCAAGGGCCAGUACCCAUUCGCCGGUCACUACUUUUUCAUCAAACCGGUCGCGCUGGCAAUCGACCUGGAGUUGUUGAAGUGCAUCUUCGUGAAGGAUUUCCAGUACUUUCAUGAUCGUGGUACGUAUUACAAUGAAAGGGAUGAUCCCCUGUCGGCUCAUCUGUUCAAUCAGGAGGGCACAAAGUGGCGUAAUCUUCGGAUGAAGCUUUCACCGACCUUCACAUCGGGUAAAAUGAAAAUGAUGUACCCGGCGAUGAUCAAAGCCGGUAAACAGUUCAGUGACUAUAUGGAAGAGAAAGUUUCAAUGGAGAGUGAGCUUGAACUGAAGGAUUUGCUCGCACGAUUUACGACGGAUGUGAUCGGAAUCUGUGCCUUCGGGAUUGAGUGCAACUCGAUGAAGGAUCCAAAUGCACAGUUUAGACGGAUGGGACGACGGCACUUUGAGGAUCCCCGGAACCGCAUGAAAGAUAUUAUGUGCAUGGUAGCUCCGCGGAUUUCGCGCUUUUUGCGCUUGAAGCAGGUCAUUCCGGAGUUGGCGGAUUUUUUCACAGCCGUCGUUCGGGAGACCAUUGACUAUCGCGUUAAGAAUAAUGUCAGUCGAAACGAUUUCAUGGAUUUAUUAAUCGCUAUGAUGAAGAGUGAAAAUUCGGAGCUAGGUCCACUAACAUUCAAUGAAAUAGCAGCGCAAGCUUUUGUGUUUUUCGUAGCCGGGUUCGAAACAUCAUCUACCACUAUGACUUGGGCAUUGUACGAGCUCUCAAUUAAUCCGGAUAUUCAAGAGAAAGGUAGACAAUGUGUUCAGGAGGUGCUGAAUAAACAUAGCGGGGAAUUGACCUACGAAGCAAUCAUGGAGAUGUCCUACAUUGACCAAAUUCUGCACGAAACUCUACGUAAAUAUCCACCGGUCCCAGUUCACUUCCGUAUCGUAACCAAAGACUACCUCGUUCCGGGAACCAGUACUACCUUACCGGCGGGGACCAGCGUUAUGAUUCCCGUGUAUGCUGUCCACCACGAUCCGGAAAUAUUUCCAGAUCCGGAAAGGUUCGAUCCGGACCGAUUUACUGCAGACGCAAUCGCCCAGCGCCACCCGUACGCGUGGACACCGUUUGGUGAGGGACCCCGGAUUUGCGUCGGUAUGCGGUUCGGUUUGAUGCAAGCUCGCAUCGGGCUGGCUCUACUAUUGAGGAGUUUUCGUUUUAGCAGCGGAGAGAAAUCGACGGUGCCGUUGGAUUUUACCCCGAAAAGCUUCAUUCUAGCACCUGCCGAAGGGCUCUGGCUGAAGGUGGAUAAAAUAUAAGGUUUUCCUCGCAUAUUUUGCUAUCGAUUAUAUUCAACUGUUAGAUGUACUUUCAUUAAAUCUUACGACAAAUAUACUCUUAACUAGUCCCGGACAUCUUAAA